UCCGAGGAGGGCUGAACUCUGUCUUCGGCCGAGGGAGCCAGGCUGCAGGGCGGUCGAGUCAGACGGGCAGAUAGACGAGGAGAGAGCGGAGCUGUGACACCCUGCGCAGGGACUGGGAGCCGCGUCUGGGCGCCGGGCUGCCAGGCAGGGGUCCCCGGCCCGGGGGAGCAACGGGAGAAGCCGAGCUGUUCCAGAGCCGCCAGCCCCUUGCGGGGUCCCGCAUGGCCCGGCUGUGAGGGGCUGCCCGGGGGAGGGAGUCCAGGGCGAUGCUGCGCCUGCUGGAAGCCGAGCUGCUCUUCGCUUCCCUGCUCUCCGGCCCCUUCCCGCCGCUCUCCGGGGAUCGGAAGAGCGAAUCUUGUCCCGAGAAUAAAAUCCUGACCGUGGAAUAUUCCUGCACAGGAGCAGGCGGGACACCGGCCACAUGCUUACGGAGGAAGUGCUGUGAGGGCUAUAGGUUUGUGAUGGGCCAGUGUAUCCCAGAAAGCGUGGACGUGUGCGCCGACUUCCCGUGCGAGCAGCAAUGCACGGACAACUUCGGUCGCGUCCUGUGCACUUGCUUCCCUGGCUAUCGGUUCGACAGAGAGCGCCACAAGACUCACCUGCACCCUUACUGCCUGGACAUCGAUGAGUGUGUGGAAAGCGGAGGUGCCGUCUGCGACCAGCUGUGUACGAACACCCCGGGCAGCUACCGGUGCCAUUGCCAGCGUGGCUAUUACAUAGCAUCUGACGGGACAACCUGCCUGAAAUCCAGCAACGGCACCACAGUGCUCAAGUCGGAGACCCUGAUGGGCACCAGGUCCUGCUCCAUCACCUGCGAGGAGUUCACCAGUAUGAAACAGACAGUCUCCCAGCUGAGACACAAGCUGCUGCUCCCUGGCUUGGAUAAUGAGAGUGGGAAGUCCUGGAUGAGGAUUAACCAAAAACCAGCAGACCGUCCUCCUGUCCUAGGGCCACCAGGUCCCCCGGGGCCUCCAGGUGACCCGGGCGCAACAGGGGAGAAAGGGAGUCCAGGGGCAAUCGGACCUCCAGGGCCUCCGGGAACCCCAGGGCCCCGCGGGGACAUGGGGCCAAUGGGACCGUAUCCUGACUUUGCACAUAUCAAAAUCGGACGGAGGGGACCAGUGGGCGCUCCUGGGGCACCGGGAAGGAAUGGCCAGAAGGGCGAACGAGGAUACCCCGGUCCCCGAGGGCCACCGGGCCCUCCGGGCUCCUUUGACUUCCUGCUCCUGAUGAUGGCCGACAUCAGGAAUGACAUCAUUGAACUACAGGAGAAAGUGUUUGGCCAGCGCCGGAGGAUGGAGUUUGAGAUGCCGUCUGCCAACAGCAGGGACUCUGAGGUGCACGAAUGGGGAUCCGGCCAGGAGGAGCUGCUGAGGGGGCCUAGACCCACGCGCUCAGCCACAUGACUAGGUGGCAGACACCCGCUCCCCUGCGGCUGGACUCAGGAGUCGCCCACGCUCCAGAGACAUCGCUUGGACACAUGAUGCUCCAGGAUGUUCCGUGGUUGCCAGACACUGCAGCUGAUUCGUCCCCUUGGGCCAAGCUGAUCCACCCAUCACAGUCGCUGUCCAGAGCAGAGAGUCUAUUUAUUAUGAAUGCUAAAUGUUAUAUUUUUACACUAGAAAGAAUGGAAAGGGGGUAUUUUUAUAAAGGUGCUUUUCUGUCUCUUUGGAAAAGACGGGACAUUCUCCAGAUGCAGUGAGGAAGCCCUGGAUUUGCUUCUCCGCAGCAGCUCAGUUUCUGCCAGCAGUUUAUAUCCAGGGGAAAUGUAGGGCAAAUGAGCUGGAAGGAAGGAGUAAAACACAGAGGGCCUGAUUGUCUUCUCACUCCAGUUUUACACCAGGGUCACUGUGUUGAUUUCACUGAGGUUGCUCCUGGUUUACGCUAGUGUGAGUAGAAAAUCAGGUGCGGAUAAUCUCAGAUCCCUGCUGAUGUGUCCAAGGGAGAAUUCUUUCCUGACUUCAGAUCUGACCCUCUGUGUAAUCUUACUCCAGAAAGCUCGGUGUAACACCUACUCGGUAUGAUGCUCUGUCCCUCGCUAGCGAUGGCAGGUUGAUGAGGCUGCUACAGCUGGGUCUUUUAGCUCAGACAACAGAAGCUUAUGGUUCCAGAUCCCCACUGCCAGUAACCCACUUGGUAGAAAGAGAGAGAGGCAGAACACUAAGGGCAAUUAGUAAAAGCUCACUGUACAUCCAGGGCCCUCCUCGCCUGGAGAGCUGGUGUCACUCUUAGCCCUGGGAUUUCAUCCUAAGGAACUGCGAGCACAGGUUACGUCCAUAAAUACUAAGGGCGAAAUGCAGCUGUGAAUCAAAGCUGUUAUCAUUUUGCACUUUUCCUCUUGUAAAUGACACGAAUCUGGUCUUGCAUGCCCUUACCAGAGAUGGCAAUGGAAAUAACUGCAAACAGAGGAAAGUUAUCAGGUUCCUUCUCCAGCUCGCUGGAUCUGGGGAGAAUGUUGUCAGAACAUGAACAAGGGAAUGAGCCCCUCAUACUCUCUAAUAAAGGCCCGCUAAUGGG